AUGAGUGACCUUUUCAAUUAUGAUGUCGGCUUAGAUGACAUUUUACGAGAUGUCUCGACAACAUCCAAUACCAAUGCUGCGAAGCAACCCUCAGGGCCUAAAGGCUCAGGAUUAGGAUUGGGUCUUGAUGAAGAAGUCAAAGUGUCCAAGAAGCGCCAGCCUGUUGCUAAACUGGAUGAGAGCCGAUUGCUUUCUCAGAACGGAAUCCCAAAGCUGCGCCGUGCAGCCAAAGCGAAGUUACGAUUCAAGGGAAAGGGUCACGAGUUUUCCGAUGCGGCGCGCCUACUGAAUUUCUAUCAAUUAUGGCUGGAUGACCUGUUUCCCCGUGCCAAGUUUGCUGAUGGUCUUUCCAUCAUUGAGAAACUCGGUCAUUCCAGGCGCCUACAAACAAUGCGCCGGGAAUGGAUAGAUGAAGAAAAGCCGAAAUCAUCAAUGGACACAUUCGAAGAUAGUCUACCGGAAAAAAGCCAAGGAAAUGGACAGCCAUUUACUGACGCGCAUAUUGGCGAACCACGUGCAAAUCUCGAGGGUCUUGAUGACGAUAAUACCAAUGCUACCGUUCCCCGGGAGGAAAGCAGGUCAGAUGAAGGGUUGUCUAUGUCCGACGCCGAGGGUGGCCAGCGAAACUUAAAUGAACCAGAGCCUGAAGAUGACGAUCUAGAUAUUCUUUUAAGGGAGCAAGAUCAGGAAAGUCCUGCACCAAACAAGGGUCCAACAAUAUCUAAACCCUCUCAUGAGGAUAUAUACGAAGAUGAUCUUGAAGUCCUGCGUGAGCUAGAAGCUCCAGGUCCUACAUCUACUUGA